AAAUGUCUGCCCCUUGUAUUUCAAAACAAUGAACAGCUGAUAAAAAAUAGUAUUUUGACUUAUAUUUAAGGGCCAUUAGCAAUGUCGUUUCACGGCAGUGAUAUAAGCGCUACGAAUGAUGAGAGAAAACGACUUUUAUCCGUGCAAGCAGAUGCUGAUUAUGACGAAAUUGUGAUUAUACAAAGUCCUAAAAAAGGGUCAUCAUGGUAUUCUUCAGUGUUUCUUGUAGUGAAUGCUGCCCUUGGUGCAGGACUGCUCAACUUCCCAGAAGCCUAUCACGAGGCAGGAGGAGUUGUAGUAGCUAUAUUUGUGCAAGCUUUAUUCCUGGUGUUUAUUGUGACAGCGAUAAUGAUCUUGGCUUACUGCUCAGACAUGAACAGUGUUGGCACCUACCAAGACGUUGUACGCACAGUGUGUGGACGUAACGCUCAACGAGCAAGUGCAAUGUUUCUAACUACGUACUGUUUCGGGACCUGUAUUACAUUCCUCAUUAUCAUUGGUGACCAGUGGGAAGAAUUUUUCCUGUUUGUUGCAAAGAAGUUUUACUGUGAGAAUCAUCCAUGGUACAUGGAUCGUAUAUCCACCAUUGUGAUAACUUCAUUCAUCUUGAUUCUACCCUUGUGCUUCCCAAAACGCAUCGACUUUCUGAAAUACGCAAGUUUUAUUGGUGUGCUAGGCAUUUUGUAUGUUGUUGCCAUGGUAACAAUAAAAUAUUUUCUACCUCAUGACCCACCAGGACCAAUCAAAACCAAGCCAGAUACAUGGAUGGAUGUUUUUCAUGUUGUGCCAACAAUAUGUUUUGCUUAUCAGUGCCAUGUCAGCAUUAUACCAAUAUAUUCCUGUAUGGAGCCAAGAAAUUUGAAACAGUUCUCAAAGACAGUGUCAGUGGCGAUGUUUUUAUGUGUUGCUACAUAUACCGGAACAGCUGCAUUUGGCUACCUGACCUUCGGCGACCUUAUUACGAGCGAUAUAUUGUUAUCAUAUGAUCCGGAUCCUGCUGUAAUCAUUGCUGUGAUAUUGAUUGCUGUAAAAACAUACACAACAUAUCCUAUACUGCUGUUUUGUGGAAGAGCUGCGUUUGAGUGUUUAUGGACAGACUUGAGAGGACUUUCACCAUCAGUAAUAGCCGAGCAGGAGCGAACUCGGCGUAUAGUAACAACUGUGAUCUGGUUUGUGGCGACGCUGGCGUUAGCUGUUUUUAUACCAAAUAUCGGCAUUGUUAUAGAGAUUCUAGGGGCCUUUGCUGCUGUGUUCAUUUUUAUAUUCCCAGGUAUGUGUAUGCUGGCUGCUACAAUGACUCAAGUGAAUAGUUCAGGACAGUGGACUGGUCGCAGAAAAUACCUAGUUGGGUUCUCAUGUUGUUUUAUAACUUUGGGGACAUUUAUUUUUGGUCUGACAUUGGCCCAGUCUAUCAUGAACUUCACAGCAGGAGGAAUAAAAGCAGACAAGUCAAAAUACACCUGCUGACCCCGGCUGUAUAGUAGGUUUUUAAACUGCAUGUUAAUGUUGAGAAGGAAAAAGAAGAGCAGACUAGAAAGCAGGUUGCUCAGUGUGAUAAAAAAAACUGGUUGUUUACAUCGUGAAGGAAACAAUAUCAUGAAGGAUUCUCUGUAGGAUAAUUGAUCAAACAUUAUCAUAAUUAUAUUUUUUCUCCGUAAUUAAUAAUAGAAGAUGCCUCUCAUUUUAAUAGUUUACCAGUGCACUUUGAUUCUUAGUUGUGAAAUAUAAUACUUCAGAAUUUAGAAAAAAUAUUUUUAGGAAAAGCUUUAGAGAACCUUUAAAAAGUUUUGUUAAAGAUCAAAAUCAGUCUCAGUAGAAAAUAAAAAAAACAGUGAGUUUUCUCAGAUGUUAAAGGAAUAAACAGUAAUUUCUGAAAGUGGUAUCUAGCUUGCAGGUGCCUUUGUCAUAUAUAAGAAGAGGUUGGGAAAUUUAGCUUAAAGGAUUAAAUAUUAACCAAGAGUCUCAGAUUGGAAAAUACUGGUAAACUCUUUAAUAUGCUGAUUUAAGUCUAAAAUUGAUGAUAAAUCUAUUAAAUGUAGACUGUGUAAAUAUGUAUAUAUUCUAUUUAUACUUUUAUUUCAACUUUCGAAUUAGAGUAAGUUUAGUUAAUUUUUAUGUAUUAACAAUUUUCACCUUGUUUAUUAUAAAUGCUAACAGAUUUUAAAAAAAAAACUGUUUUAUUAUUGUUAUCUUAAUUCAUUUUAAAAUUAAUUCUUAUUUCUGGCAUUUGGAUAUAAUUCAUGAAUAUGUUUUUUAACCACCAGAGUUUAAAGAGUUUCAAAUAAUUUUUGUUCAUCAUUUCACUGAAGCAUAAUGUUAUAAACAACUACAUAUGGCAGAUUUUACCUUGGAUUAAAAUAUAAGUCUGACACUAGGUCAACAUAAAGAUAUUGAAACAAAGUUGGUUUAAUUUUUAGGAUAUGUUUUUAAGUUUUGUAAACACAUAGACACUACAGAACGUUAUUCCAUCAGAACCUCAGAACAGUAAUAUUCUAAAAGUAGCAUUUUUUUUUAUUAACAAAGAACUAUGUUCUUAUUUGGUUUCCAGUCCUGUUAUGAGCCUCUGGAUGGAACAGGAACCAUAAUAUUAUUUAAUUUAUCCACCAUUAUUUAUCACUUGACUGUUCUGUAAGUUAACGCUUUACUUUAUUUGGAAGAGUUUGUACACGUUCUUAAUAUUUUAGAACACUGUUCUUCAUUAUUCCUUUGACUUAGAAUAAGUUAGGAGUUUUCUGAAUCUUCAAUGGAAUAUACAUUGUCAUAAACCAGUGACUGUCAUGGCACUUAGCAAAAAUUAAAUGAAAAGCUUGUUUUACUUUCGUUUUACUCAAGAUUACUUUAUUCAGUUUUAGGGAAUAUUGUAUUUUAUUUCUCAUUGCUCUUUCUUCUAUUUAUUGAUCUCAAAGUAUAUAUUAUAUUAUGAAUAGGCCAUUUAGUGUACACUCACUGAUAAUCAGUAUCUAUCAUAGUUUAAUUUAUAUUUUAAGUGCUUUCAUUUAGUUUAGUUAUUUGUAUAAUAAUUUGAUUUUAUGGAAGGUUGAUGUGAUUCAAAUUAAUGUUUUUGCAUCACAUAAUUACAUUUUCUAACUCAACAAAGAUUUUUUAUUUCAUGUUAUUGUUUCAGUUUCUUUAAAUUCAGACCCACAAUAUGGGCUAUGUUUAAUAUAAUGAAAGGAAAUGAUAAGGAACUUACCUACAGCUUUAGCCCAGUGCAAACAUUGUGGAUUUUAAUGAGGUUGGUUGUUUCUAAAGUUUUUUUUAUUCAAGGUAGUUCUGCAUGUUAGGAUAAAAAAAAAUAGCUUGUAGAGUCGGAUUAAAUUCUGAUAAUUCAGAACUUAUAUACUUAGAAAAUUUGGCAAAUAUUGUGCUUGUUAGACUGAUUUAAAAAUUUGGACCUGUUGCAAGUUUUGUUAAUGGGAGUCUAUGGGGGAAUCACAGUUUUGAUGACAUUGGAAUAGAAAUUUUUCUAGGUAGAUUUUACUGAAACUUCUCAGUCUUAACAUAUAUACUGAAAUGAAAUAUAUAUGCCUGUGUGAUUGUUUUAAAUAUAUUUGCCCAUGAUAUUAAGACGUCAGCACAUCUCAGAUUGAUUUUAAUAGAUUGUUUGGUAUAAUUUUACAUAUUUAAAGAAUUUUUGAUAUCAUAUUUUAUUUUUAGAAAGAUAGUAAUGUUGCUGUUCUAAUAAAUUUUGCACACAAGUUGCCAAUACAAUGAUUUUCGUUCCUUCUACAUUUUCUUCAUAAAUCAAGUGUGCAGAACUACCUUAAGAUGAAAGCCUUCAUUUUGGGUAAGCAUCAGUGUGAUUGCCUUACUUUGCAAUAUUAACUGUCCCAGCAAUUUGCUGUAAUUAUUUCAAUUACUUUUAAUCUGUUUAGACUGUACAAUUUAAAUGCUAGCAAAAGAAUGACAUUUUAAUGUACAUGUUGAGUUUGAGAGCCUGCAGACUUGCAUUUUUAAAUAAAUAUGUGUUUACUUAUUAUUGAUUGAUAUUAGUAGAGAAAAUGUUUCAAAAGGUUGAACUGAUUUAUAUGCAUGUGUAUAUAUAAAGAAAUAUGUAUCUGUUUGUUUUUUCAGGCAAUUUAAGUACAGUAAAAUGUAUUAUAUAUAAACUUACUUGUUUCUUGGAAAUGUGCAAAAGUCAUUAAAUGUUUAUUGUAAUAAAUUUUGUGAACUAAUACUCAGAACGGCAUUUCCAGCUGAUUGUUAUGUUUCAGUUUUAAUACUUUUGUAAUAUUUGCGGUUGUUAAAAAAUGUAAAGCACAUUCUCGUCUUAAUUCCUAUGUACAUUUUUAUCAGUUUUUUUAUUAGUUCCCUACCAGUGGAACACUUGGGCUUUAGGAUGCCCUCAUCCUGUAAUUACUCAAAAAGUAUUCAAGCUGGAUUCAUAAAACUUGGUAUGUGGUCAUCUGUCAAGGUCAAGUACAAAUUUGUUUCCACUCCAAACUUUUAAUUACAUUGAGGGAUUUUUUUUAUUACUACACAGGUAUGUUCCCCAUGAUUAGACAAUGUGUCUCGCACAUGACCCAUGGUUGUCGGUCAAAGGUCAAGGUUACUACUGAAGGUCAAGUGAAAUUAUUUCUGCUCUGUAACUUUUAUGUGCAUGGAUGGAUUAUCUUAGUAUUGCACACAAAUAUUCCCCAUGAUGAGACAAUAUGUCACAUACAUGAUCUAUGCUUGUAGUUUAAGGUCACUAUUGAAAUUCAAGUAAAAGUAGCUUUUGUUUCUUAGCUCCUAAAUGCCUUUAAGCAUUUUUAUUCCUAACACUGCACUAACAAAGUGGCACUGCCACUGCAAUACUUGGUCACUUGUUUAUAAUGCUGUAGAAGAAAAGCCUUUUAGUACAGGACUUGAUAAUUAUGUAACAGAAAAUUACUGUAUUGUAAGAUUUAAAGAAAAGAUGUGUAAAAUUUGUGUUAGACUAAAAGAAAAUGAGUGUAAGAUUAAAAGAGAAUAUGUGUAAGAUUAUCAUUAACUUGAUGUCUGUGAUGCUCUGUGCAAUAUACGUGACAUGUCAGGAGGUCGAUAUUUUCAAAAUACAUGCAAGUACUGUAACCCUGCAUGUAGAAAAUCUUACCAUGUUUAUGUAGUAAUAAGCAGAUUCAAAACUACAUAUGUAUGCUCCCCUUCAAAGAAGGAGGGGUAUAUUGUUUUGCAGAUGUCAGUCGGUCUGUCGGUAGGUAGGUCGGUCGUAUGUAGACCAGUCCGUUUCCGGAUGAUAACUCAAGAACACUUGAGCUUAGGAUCAUGGAAGUUGAUAGGGAGGUUGGUCAUAACCAGCAGAUGACCCUUAUUCAUUUUGAGAUCAGUAGGUCAAAGGUCAAGAUCACAGUGACCCAGAACAGUUAAAUGGUUUCUUGAUGAUAACUCAAGAAUGCUUGGGCCUAGGAUCAUGAAAGUUGAUAGGAGGUUGGUCAUGACCAGCAGAUGACCCCUAUUGAUUUUGAGAUCAGUAAGUCAAAGGUCAAGGUCACAGUGACCCAGAACAGUUAAACAGUUUCCAGAUGAUAACUCAAGAACGCUUGGGCCUAGGGUCAUGAAGGUUGAUAGGAAGGUUGAUCAUGACAAGCAGAUGAUCCCUAAUGAUUUUGAGAUCAGUAGGUCAAAGGGUAAGGUCUAAGUGACCCAGAACAGUUAAACCAUUUCCAGAUGAUAACUCAAGAAUGCUUGGGCCUAGGAUCAUGAAAGUUGAUUGGGAGGUUAGUCAUGAGCAGCGGAUGACCCUAUUGCUUUUGAGGUCAGUAGGUCAAAAGUCAAGGUCACAGUGAUCGAGAACAGUUAAAUGAUUUCCGAAUGAUAACUCAAGAACGCUUGGGCCAAGGAUCAUGAAAGUUGAUAGGGAGGUUUAUCAUGACCAGCAGAUGACCUCUAUUGAUUUUGAGGUCAGUAAGGUAAGGUCAAGGUCACAGUGACCUGGAAUAGUUCAACCGUUUCUUGACGAUAACUUGAGAACGCUUGGGCCUAGGAUCACAAAACUUAAUAGGGAAGUUGAUCAUGAUCAGCAGAUGACCCCUACUGAUUUUGAUUUCAUUAGGUUAAAGGUCAAGAUCACAGUGACCCGGAACAGUUAAAUGAUUUCCCGAGGAUAACUCAAGAACGCUUGGGCCGAGGAUCAUGAAAGUUGAGGUUGGUCAUGACCAGCAAAUGAUCUCUAUGGAUUUUGAGACCAGAGGUCAAGGUCACAUUGACCUAGAACAGUUAAACGGUUUCCGGAUGAUAACUUGAGAAUGCUGGAGCCUAAGAUUGUGAAAGUUGAUAGGGAGGUUAAUCAUGACCAGCAGAUGACCCCUAAUGAUUUUGAGGUCAAUAGGUCAAAGGUCAAGGUCACAUUGACCCAGAACAGUAGAACUUUUGUGUACAGUGACUAAAUAAUUUCUGUUCCUUGUGCAGUUACUGAAUGCAUCAAGGGGGGCAUUUCAUGUUCUACGAGCUUUUGUUAGGCUUUUAACUAUGUGUUGAAUCUUUACAGCUAAAUGGUGUGAAAAUUGUAAUGUUGUGAAUUUGAACAGUCUGACAUGAAUGCUGAAACAAAGAAUGAAGUAAUUCAACUUGUACAUGAUCGGAGUACCAGUCUCAAAUAUCUAACUUUCUAUUGUAUGCUUAAUUUUCCAAAACCUUAACUUUGAUUCAUAAAAUAAAAAUCUUUCUUGUUUAA